GCACAUCGGGCUGGACUCCGGGCAGAGGCACAUCGGGCUGGACUCCGGGCAGAGGCACAUUGGGCUGGACUCCGGGCAGAGGCACAUCGGGCUGGACUCCGGGCAGAGGCACAUCGGGCUGGACUCCGGCAGAGGCACAUCGGAUUACCAGGCGGAGCAGCAGGCAGCGGGCCACCAGGCGGAGCGGCAGGCACCGUGCCACCAGGCGGAGCGGCAGGCACCGGGCCCACCAGGCGGAGCAGCAGGCACCGGGCCACCAGGCGGGGCGGCAGGCACCGGGCCCAGGCCAGGCGGGGCGACAGGCACCGGGCCCCCAGGCGGAGCGGCGGGCACCGAGUCACCAGGCACGACAGUGGGCUCCGAGUCAACUGGCAUGACCGCUGGCACUGGGUCAGACAUUGGAUCGUCUGGCUGGACAGCGGGCAUCGGGUCACCAGACAUCAGGUCAUUUGGCUCGACAGCGGGCACCGCGUCAUCUGGCAAGGCAGUGGGCUCCGAGUCAACUGGUAUGACCGCGGGCACUGGGUCAGACAUUGGAUCGUCUGGCUGGACAGCGGGCAU